CUGCAAGAUGCCCUCUGACCUCCAUCCGUAUCUGCCGCAUCCCCACUGGUAAAUAAAUACAUGUCAUUAAACAAAAGAGUGGGGCUACUCUGACCAUUCAUAUACAGGUUACACUUGUAAAAUCAACAAACCAUUUUAGGAUGUCCACAGACUCCCCAAAACCUCUCUCUUCAGCUAGGAAAACCUCACUUUACUAUCUUACAAAAGGGGGACAUUUAAAAGGAAAUGGAGAAGGAUAACGACAAUCAUUGUAUUGCUGCUUGCUGAGUGGUCCUGGAUCAAGUAUUUCACAUCCAUGGGUUCAUUCCGCCCUGUCAUAUGCAUCUCAAGAUUACAGGCGAGACAGCAGAGGCUCAGAGAAGUGGUGGUGAGCUUUCUGCAGUCAAAGACGUGAGCUGUGUCGUGACUGCCCAGUGGUGAAAGACGACUGUGCAUCUGUCCUCAUUUGACCCUCCCUACCCCACCCCACCCCGUCAAAGCCCCCAUUUCCUUCCAUUUCUUAGUACUAGAGGAGUACCAGUGCCACGGCUACCAAUAGGCAUGCAUCUCACCAAAACCAGAGUCCCUCCAGUCCUCCUUGCCUCUCCCCAAAGUAAUACUGAUGGCUCCUGCUUCCAGUUUUUCUCACUUAGAGAUGGCAAUGAUGUCUCUGCCUGUCUGUCUGUCUCUGUAUCUGUCUGCCUGUCUCAGUCUCUCUCUCUCUCUCUCUCUCUCUCUCUCUCUCUCUCUCUCUCUCUCUGUAUAUGCAUGCACUACACUGUGGUAAUAAUAGCUCAGGGACACCCAGGAUAUCUUCUGGGCAGUGAGACAUUUGUAACAUCACCCUUGCUGCGACAUUCGACAUUCCCGCUGCAUGCCUUGCCGGGGAAGGAGGUACACCAGGGGCAGGCUGAGGACGCCGGUGGACAACCAGCAAGCUAUGGUGCGCAGGGAGUCCGUGGUCAACCUGGAGAACUUUAAGAAGCAGUAUGUCCGCAGGCGGUGGAAGCUCUCCUUCAGCAUCGUCUCCUUGUGCAACCACCUCACUCGCUCCCUGAUGAAGAAGGUACACUUGAGGACAAGCGAGGACCUGAGGAACUGCGAGAGUGACACAGAGGAGGACAUCGCCAGGAGGAAAGCCCUUCACCCCCGGAGGAGGAGCAGCACCUCCUAACUGGCCCAGGUGUCGGUGGCUGCCAGCGAGGUCCAAGCCCCCUGUGUUCCUUCUGUGCAAGCUCUUGGACCCUGCUUGUCACCAGUACCCAGACGUUCUGUGUUCCUGAGCACUUUACAAGAGAGAGAGGGAGAAGUCUGCAGGACUCAGAACUUUCAGGAGCCCCUGGGAGCUGGGGCCGUCUCCUGC